GCCCGAUAUAAUCUUGGUGGAUUCCUGAUAACGACAGCUGUGUGAUGACAUAGAUAGAAUGAUAGGACAUUUGACGAAGAUGGUGAUGUUUCGAAUUGGAUUAGUAGCAGUGUUUUUGUGUGUAAAUGCCGAGGCACAGACACACUGCGCUGGUAACUGGGUGUCACAUGGAAACUCGUGCUAUGCCUUCAUCACCACCAUUAAGUCCUCCUGGAUUGACGCCGGGGCAUUUUGUCGAAAUGCAAAUGCAAAGCUUGUGGAAAUUGAAAGUGCCGAUGAAGACAAUUUUUUGAGAGCCCAUUUGUUAGCAAGCCAUACAUCAGAACAUUUUUGGAUCGGAGGAACAGAUGCAAUGAAAGAGGGUAACUGGGUUUGGAUGUCAACACAGGACCCGUUAGAUUACAAUGGGUGGAAUCCCGGGGAACCCAACAACGGUGUCGGGGCUGCCUGCAUGGCGAUGGCAAACCACGAGCAUUACCAUUGGAACGACGAUUUCUGCACAAAGAGUUAUGACUUCAUUUGCGAGAAAGAACAUGAGUCAAUUAUUUUAGGAAGGUCUAAUUCAGAACUGACAAACAAAUAAAUAAAUAAAUGUGAAUUAAAGUU